AUGGCUGCACGAUUGGACUACUCACGCUUCGACCACAUCGGGGACUCCGAGUCUGAGGAGGAGAAGCCACCGGAGGUUCCUCAUCCUGCCGCGGACGCGAGCGAUGUGCUGUCAGAGCUUCCGUCAGACCUUCCCAGGGAUCUGGCCUUGGUCCUGGCAGCCCGGCAAGGGCAGCACAACUUGGUGGAGGCGCUCCUGAAAAGCCGCGUGGAGGCAAAUGCUGCGGACCCACACGGGGGCAGCGCCUUGCUGCGAGCUGUGGAGUCAGGUGGCGUGCAAGCGCGGCCGACGAUUGAAGCGCUGCUGACUGCCAAAGCGAACCCUUGCCAGGACAAUGGCGCAGGCGAGUCGGCGUUGUCCUCAGCGUCAUCCAAUGGCCCGGCAGAACUCUUGAAAGCUUUACUGGCGGCAGCCGUACAGGUUCCCAGCCCCGCAGCCCUCUCAGCAGCUUUGGCUGCUGCAGCUGCGAAGGGGAACCGUGCCACUGCAGAGGUUCUCCUGGAUGCCGGAGCCCCUGCUGCAAAUGCCGCACUCCACAGCUGGGUGGGUCAUGCUGACACUGGCAUGGUGCAGUACCUUGCGGAGAAGCGUGCGAAUGUAAACCUUGCCCAGGGUGAUGACGGCGAGACGUCGAUCACACGUGCAUCCCGUCUCAGUCCCGAGGAAUCUGCAGAGCAACUUGUGCAACUACUAUGUGACCUCCGUGCAGAUGUCAACCAAUCUACAAGUAAGGGCCUCACACCUCUAGCGGCCGCAAGCCGCGCCGGUGCUGCCAAGGUGGUACAGAGGCUUCUGGAAUGCAAGGCAUCCGUGCAACCAGAGGGCUCGACCAUCUCUCCGCUCGUCGCGGCAUCCACGGCAGGGAGCGUGCUCGCUGCCCGCCUUCUCCUGGCGGCCAGGGCUUCUCCCGAGACGGCGGAUGCGGCUGGCCGCCGACCGCUGGGCUGCGCUGCUGCCACUGGCAACCUCGAGCUGUGCCGCUUGCUUUUGGGGACCAGGGCCGACCCGAACCAGCGCAGCCGUGCAGGCGAAACGUCCGAAGGCCCGGGCGCAGCUGCCCUGGCAAUUGCCGUUUCGGCUGGGCACAAAGCCCUUGUGGAGGAGCUGCUGGAUGCGAGGGCGGAUCCCGAAGACGUCAGCGAGCGCGGGCAGAGUCCGCUCAUGCUGGCGGCUGGCCUGAGCCGACGCGACCUCUGUGACGAGUUGCUGGCGGCAUCUGCUCAAGCCAACGGCACCGAUCCGGAGGGGAAGUCGGCUUUGCUGCUGGCCGCGGGCGCAGGUUGCCUCCCGGUCUGUGAGGUCUUGCUGGAAGCUCGCGCAGAUCUCGCGCAGCGUACCCUGGCUGGCGCAUGUGCGCUGGAUUCUGCUGCCGCAAAUGGCCAUGAGGCCGUUUGCCGAAUGCUCCUGGAUGCACGGGCCGAUCUUGCUUUAGUGGGACCUGUCGGACGGACUCCUGCCGAAGUCGCUGACUUCGCGGGGCAUGCUUCCCUGGCAGAGAUGCUUCGAAGAUAA